CAGACGGUCCGGGACUGAAUGGGCUCUCGCAGGGCGGCGGGGGCGGGCCGCGGCGCGGGGCCCGGGACUGGUGGCCGGCUGGCGCCCGCUCCCUAGUAUGCGGACGAGGGCGGCGGGCGGCGCGGAGCGGCGUCCCCUGCAGCCGCGAAUCGAGGCGGCGGCGGCGGCGGCGGCGGCGGCGGCACCUGCCAGCCGAGCAAUGCCAAGCGAAUACAACCGUGUGAAGCUGAAAAGCGAUUGCUCGCGGCCCUCCCUGCAAUGGUACAGCCGCGCUCAGAACAAGAUGCGAAGACCCAGCUUGUUGUUAAAAGACAUCCUCAAGUGUACAUUGCUUGUGUUUGGAGUGUGGAUCCUUUAUAUCCUCAAGUUAAAUUACACUACUGAAGAAUGUGACAUGAAAAAACUGCAUUAUGUGGACCCUGACCGCAUAAAGAGAGCCCAGCAAUAUGCCCAGCAAGUCCUGCAGAAGGAAUGCCGGCCCCAGUUUGCCAAGAGGUCGAUGGUGCAGCUCUUCGGGCACAGAUAUAGCUCAGACCUGCCGCCUUUUGUGACGAAGGCCCCCUCAGGGAGCGAGGCCGACUACAAGUACGACCCUCCUUUCGGUUUCCGCAAGUUCUCUGGGAAAGUCCAGACCCUCUUGGAACUCUUGCCCGAGCAUGACUUUCCUGAACACUUGAAAGCUAAGAGCUGCAGGCGUUGUGUGGUCAUUGGAAGCGGCGGAAUCCUUCACGGACUAGAGCUGGGCCGGGCCCUGAACCAGUUUGAUGUUGUGAUAAGGUUAAACAGUGCACCGGUUGAAGGAUAUUCAGAGCACGUUGGAAAUAAAACUACUAUAAGGAUGACUUAUCCAGAGGGUGCACCGCUGUCUGACCUCGAAUAUUAUUCCAAUGACUUGUUUGUUGCUGUUUUAUUUAAGAGUGUUGACUUCAACUGGCUUCAGGCGAUGGUCAAAAAUGAAACCCUGCCAUUUUGGGUGCGACUCUUCUUUUGGAAGCAGGUGGCAGAAAAAAUCCCACUACAGCCAAAACAUUUCAGGAUUUUGAAUCCAGUUAUUAUCAAAGAGACUGCCUUUGACAUCCUUCAAUACUCAGAGCCUCAGUCAAGGUUCUGGGGCCGAGAUAAGAACGUCCCCACGAUUGGCGUCAUUGCCGUUGUCUUAGCCACGCACCUGUGUGAUGAAGUCAGUUUGGCAGGCUUUGGCUACGACCUCAGCCAACCCAGAACACCUUUGCAUUACUUUGACAAUCUCUGCAUGGCUGCCAUGAACUUUCAGACCAUGCACAAUGUGACGACAGAGACCAGGCUUCUCCUGAAACUGGUCAGAGAGGGCGUGGUGAGGGAUCUCAGCGGAGGCAUCCAUUGUGAAUUUUGAACCCAGAAAACCUCACUUGAAGAUGCAGCUCUGACCCGGAGGGCUGUUUUUUCACAGCCUUCCUGACACAUUGCAUCUGCAAGUACUUUGAAGUGCAUCCGGUUUUUUUAACUUUUAAUUUAAAAAAGGAAAACAAUACAAAAAGUUCAGCUCUCCCCACUGUAUUUUUCCCUAUUUAUUUGAAGCCAGUGUUUUUGCACAGAAUUUUGUAAGUUAAUUUUGAGAAUGGGAAAGACUUUCCAAAGAAAAUUAUAUGUAAUGAUGUUUUAUUGUAUUUUAAGAAAGUUAUUUAAUUUGUAAAAACUCUGUUCAUGUCUACUGCACACAGAGUCCCGGGUAAUUAAGUGGAAGAAAGGAGGUGACUUCUUUGAUGACAGCCCUGAAUGCCUGAUUUUGGUUCUCUGUUAGUCUGGUGGGACAGAUGUCAGAGGCACUUCCAUGGUGAUAUGCUGGGUAGCUAAACCACUGGGACUGGUCGGGCCACGCUGCUGCAUGAGGCCUGGGCUGGUCGGAGUUCACGGUCCCUCCCCAUUAUCUGCCUUCUGCCAGACGACCUCUAGGAGUCAGGCAGGGCAGGUCCCGGGUCGAAGAGGGACACAGAGACAUUUUCUGUCUCCAAGUACUGCGAAGCUGCCCCUGGCGGCAGAAGCCACGGUCUUCCCCGAAAUUAGGACAACUCUUGGAUUUCUUGAGCGUUUUUAACUGCCCUUCCAAACACUGAAAUGUUAAUCCAAAUUAUUCCACUGUCUGUCUGAGGUGGCUUAUAAAAAUUAGGACAAAACCUCUGUUCUCCAGAGUCAUAGAGGAAUAAACUCUUUCUAGGAAUAGUCAUGUUUUCUGAAACACUGAAAUGAAGUCCUCCCAGUGUUAUAAAUUGCCUAUUUAAAAAAAAAAAAAUUUUUUUUUUCGAAUGCCUACUUGGCAGUGUAUAGCAGGCAGUGUCCUGGUCAAAAAAAAAGAAUA